UGGUUAGCCUACUUGAAGCAUCCGGGAACCUCGCCAUAGUAGUAGACAUGGCGGGUAUCAGCCUGGCUAAAUGACGAAAUAAAUUUGUUUGCUAAUAUAAGAACGUGUUAAUUUGGUAGAAAAAGUGUUUAUACUGAAAGACUAAUUAAGUUAAAUUGGAUUAGGACAAAAAUGCAGAAUGUCGGACAGUCUGAAAACCGAAAUAUCGAUAAGGUGAAUGUGCAACUUGAUGUGGUAAAAUCGUCCACUCCUCAGAGUUCGGCUUCGAGUCCGGCCAAAUCUGAAACCGAAACGUAUUCAGGAGCGCCUGCCAAAUACAUGACAGACUCUUCAGAAAGCGAGGAUGACUCCGUAUCCGAGGCGGAGAUGGAAGAAGAAGGUAGUGCUGCAGAGUCGUCCAAAUUCCUUCUCUCCCACGAUGACCCUGAACGGGCCGUUGACCCUGAGAUGCAGGCUAGACUAGAAACCCUCCUUGAAGUAGCUGGCAUUGGCAAACUAUCCGGCGAAGGCAAACACCUCGCCGACCCCGAGGUGCUGAGGCGGCUCACGUCGUCGGUGUCGUGCGCGCUGGACGAGGCGGCCGCCGCGCUCACCAGGAUGCGCAGCGACCAGCCACCCGCGCACCACCGCCACCACCACCAGGACAAGCCCACGCAAUGCGGGUCAACAGCGACGGGCACGACGCCGACAGUCGCGUCGUCGGUCGGCGCGGACGGCGCGCCGUCGCUGGCCGAGGCGUGCUCCGACGGCGACGUCGGCACCGUGCGCAAGCUGCUGACGGAGGGCCGCUCCGUGCACGAGACCACGGAGGAGGGCGAGUCGCUGCUGUCGCUGGCGUGCUCGGCGGGGUACUACGAGCUGGCGCAGGUGCUGCUCGCGAUGCACGCGAGCGUCGAGGACCGCGGCAUUAAGGGCGACUGCACGCCGCUGAUGGAGGCGGCGAGCUCGGGCCACGUGGACAUCGUGCGGCUGCUGGUGGCGCACGGCGCGGACGUGAACGCGGUGUCGGGCUCCGGCAACACGCCGCUCAUGUACGCGUGCGCGGGCGGCUACGAGGACUGCGUGCGCGGCCUGCUCGAGAACGGCGCCAACGUCGAGGACCACAACGAGAACGGCCACACGCCGCUCAUGGAGGCGGCGUCGGCCGGGCACGUGGGCGUGGCCAAGAUCCUGCUGGAGCACGGCGCGGGCAUCAACACGCACUCCAACGAGUUCAAGGAGUCGGCGCUCACGCUGGCGUGCUACAAGGGCCACCUCGACAUGGUGCGCUUCCUGCUGGCCGCCGGCGCCGACCGGGAGCACAAGACGGACGAGAUGCACACCGCGCUCAUGGAGGCCAGCAUGGACGGGCACGUGGAGGUCGCGCGCCUGCUGCUCGACUCUGGCGCACAGGUGAACAUGCCGACGGACAGCUUCGAGUCGCCGCUGACGCUGGCGGCGUGCGGCGGCCACGUGGAGCUGGCCAUGCUGCUGCUGGAGCGCGGCGCCAACAUCGAGGAGGUCAACGACGAGGGGUACACGCCGCUCAUGGAGGCCGCACGGGAAGGUCACGAGGAGAUGGUGGCACUGUUGCUGGGCCAGGGUGCGUCGAUCAACGCGCAGACCGACGAGACGCAGGAGACCGCGCUGACGCUGGCCUGCUGCGGCGGCUUCCUCGAAGUGGCGGACUUCCUCAUCAAGGCCGGCGCGGACGCGGAGCUCGGCGCCUCCACACCCCUCAUGGAAGCGUCCCAGGAAGGUCACCUGGACCUGGUGCGGUACCUGCUGGAAGUGGGCGCGGACGUGCACGCACAGACGCAGACGGGCGACACGGCGCUGACGUACGCGUGCGAGAACGGGCACACGGACGUGGCGGACGUGCUGCUGCGCGCCGGCGCCGCGCUCGAGCACGAGAGCGAGGGCGGCCGCACGCCGCUCAUGAAGGCGUGCCGCGCGGGCCACCUGUGCACCGUGCAGUUCCUCGUCGGCAAAGGCGCCGACGUGAACCGCAUGACGGCGAACGGCGACCACACGCCGCUGUCGCUUGCGUGCGCGGGCGGGCACGCCGACGUGGUGAAGUUCCUGCUGGCGUGCGACGCGGACCCGUUCCGCAAGCUGAAGGACAACUCCAGCACGCUCAUCGAGGCCGCCAAGGGGGGGCACACCGCCGUCGUGCAGCUGCUGCUCGACUACCCGCACUCCGUCAUGUUACCCAGGGGUAAUACCGGCACGGAGGAGAGCGGUGGUCUGAGCUCGGCGCAGGCGGCGGCGCUGGGUCUGAGCCACGCGCCGGCGCCUGGCGCGCCCACGCAGCGCGCGCUACUGCCCGCGCACGCGCCGCACCCGCACGUGCACCCGCAUCCGCAAACGCACGUGCAUGCGCCCGUGGUUCCUCCGGCACACCUGCCCGCGCAUCCGCCGGCGCACCUGCCCGCGCAUCCGCCUGCGCACCCGCCGGCGCAUCCACCCGCGCAUCCGCCCGUGCAUCCGCCUGCGCAUCCGCCCGUACACCCGCCCGCGCACCCGCCGACGCCGCUCGCUGCACCGGCUGAGAUGCCGCCCAACUUCGCCAAAGUCUAUUUGGACGGUCGGAAGAAGCAGGCCAGUGGAAACGGAACGGCGCAACCCGCUCCCACCGUGAACCCGGCAGCAGUGCCCACGGGCGCGGUUAACGCGGGCAACGUGGGCGCGGCGGGCGCAGUUGUGGGCGCGGCCGCAGUCGUGGGCGCCGGCAACGCAGUCGCGCCCACGGCUAACAAGCACAAGUGCGGCCGCAAGCAGCGCCCCGCCCCGCCUCAAUCCGACCACCACCUGCCGCCGCCGCCUGACAUAUUGGACGACCAUAUGUGCCACCACAACGUGGUGCAUAAGCAUAAGCUAUCCCUCCCGCCCGGCUUUACUUGGAAGGAUGUUAACAAGAAAUUUAAAAAUAAAAACAAACUCGAAAAAAAAUCCUAUAGAGUCGACGUGUUAGCGGGACAACCUCGAAAUGAAACACUGCCAGAGACCGAGAGGACUAUGCUGGACAUGGCUGACUCCUCCGGUCCACCCACGCUCGCCACGUCGGCCCUACAAGCCCUCGACCUACAGUUCUGCGCGCAAGGGGUUACGCUGCAUUCGCCCACCACGCCGCCCUACCCGCCGCCGCAGCAACUGUUCCCGCUGCAGCAGCUACCCACGAACCUCAAUCAGCAACAGCUUCAAGAACUCCAGCAGCAGCAACUGCAGCAGCUGGCCGCGCAGCAACAGCACCACCAAGCGGUGCAUCAGCAACAGCAACAGAUUGCUCAACAGCAGCAACAGCAAGCCGCGCAGCAACAGCAGCAGCACAAGAAAUUGCUGCAGCAACAUCAGCAAGUGUUGCAACAGCAACAACAACAACAACAACCUCAACAAUUACAGCAGCAGCAGUUACAACAGCAGCAAUAUGUGCAGGAUAUGCAGCAGAGGCCUGAAGCUUAUGUGCCGCAGACUGCGUCCACUGUGGGCGCGGAGGAGAGCGGCUCGGUGGAGGCGCGCGAGCUGGGCGCCGUGCUGGCCUAUCUGCAGCGGGAGGUGCCCUCGCUGGUGGCGCUGCCGCCCAACGAGCUGCGCUCGCUGGUGCUGCAGGUUAUGCAACAAAAAUCUCACGAAAUUCUGCCGGGCAAGUGUGAGGAGGGGGUCGACGGCGCGGACAAGCUUAGCGUGGGCGCGGAGGAGGCGGGGCUGUGCGCGGCGGGCGCGGGUGACGGCGCGGACGACGACGCGCACGCGCGCCGCCUGCUCGCCGCCGCCGAGGAGGCGCUCUCGGCAGACUGGCCGCGGGACCACGAGCUACCGGUGAACGCGAUAUGUUCGUACCGAGUGCGGCCGCGACCUCCCUCCCCGUCGACGCUGCUGGAGUCGCGCGGGGACCCCGCCCGCACUCGGGACGCGCCCGCACCCGCACCAGCGCCCGCGCCCGCGCCUCUCGACCCGCAGCCGCACUUUGCACUGCCGCCGCCCACCCUGCCCUACGAUGACUAUAGAACGUCAACGUUCGGGCCGGCGGCGGGUGGUGUGGCGAGCGGAGUGGUGGGCGUGGGCGCAGUGGGCAGCAGCGCGGGCGUGGUGGGCGCGCCCGCAGCGCCGCCCGCCGCGCCGCAGCCGCAACCGCAGCCACAGCCGCAGCCACAUGUCAAGAGGGACCAACACCACCACGCCAACAAUGCUCCAAUAAUCAAGAAAAAGCAGGGUCGCUUCGCCAACGGCGCGCGCGGCGGCCGCGCGGAGGCGUACGGCGCGCACGCGGCGCCGCCGCAGCCCGCGCCCGCCGCCUACUCCGCCAUGGACGUGGACGGCGAGACGGACUCCAACCACGACACGGCGCUCACGCUCGCCUGCACCGGCGGACACGAGGACCUCGUCGAGCUGCUGCUGUCGCGCGGCGCCGACAUCGAGCACCGCGACAAGAAGGGCUUCACCCCCCUAAUCCUAGCGGCGACGGCGGGCCACGAGAAGAUCGUGGAGAUCCUGCUGAACCACGGCGCGGACAUCGAGGCGCAGUCGGAGCGCACCAAGGACACGCCGCUGUCGCUGGCGUGCAGCGGCGGCCGCUUCGAGGUGGUGGAGCUCAUCCUCAGCCGCGGCGCCAACAAGGAGCACCGCAACGUGUCCGACUACACGCCGCUGUCGCUGGCCGCGUCCGGCGGCUACGUCAACAUCAUCCGCCUGCUGCUGCACCACCAGGCGGAGAUCAACUCCCGCACUGGUUCCAAACUAGGCAUAUCUCCGCUGAUGCUGGCGGCCAUGAACGGGCACACGGCGGCCGUGCGGCUGCUGCUCGACUGCGGCUCCGACAUCAACGCGCAGAUCGAGACCAACCGCAACACCGCGCUCACGCUCGCCUGCUUCCAAGGUCGACACGAAGUAGUGAGCCUUCUCCUCGAUCGCAAAGCGAACGUGGAGCACCGAGCGAAGACCGGCCUCACGCCGCUCAUGGAGGCGGCCAGCGGCGGCUACGUGGAGGUGGGCCGCGUGCUGCUGGACAAGGGCGCCGACGUCAACGCGCCGCCCGUGCCGAGCUCGCGCGACACGGCGCUCACCAUCGCCGCGGACAAGGGCCACACCAAGUUCGUCGAGCUGCUGCUGCAGAGGCGAGCGGCAGUAGAAGUGAAGAACAAGAAAGGCAAUUCACCUCUGUGGCUGGCGGCGAACGGCGGACAUCUCGCGGUCGUCGAAAUGCUGUACGCUGCCCGCGCGGACAUCGACUCGCAAGACAAUAGAAAAGUAUCCUGCCUUAUGGCAGCCUUCCGGAAGGGCCACACUAAAGUGGUCAAAUGGAUGGUCGGCGUUGUUACACAAUUCCCCUCUGAUCAAGAAAUGACAAGGUAUAUCUGCACAAUAUCGGACAAGGAGCUGUUGGAAAAGUGUCAGGAGUGCGUGCGCGUCAUCCGCGCCGCUAAGGAGACGCAGGCGGCGCGCGCCAACCAGAACGCGACCAUCCUGCUGGAGGAGCUGGACGCCGAGCGCUGCCGGGAGGAGAACCGGCGCCAGGCGGCCGCUCGCCGACGGGAGAGGAAGAAGAAGAAGAAGAUUGAGAAGAAGGUAAACAUACUGGAGGAGAGGCGCAAACUGCAGGCGGAGAACGAAAAAAACACACUGUACUGCGAGAAGGCGCUCGGCGAGUGCUCCGAGGGAGGGGAGGGGGACGACGAGCCCGCCGCCAGGGAGGAGGGCGACUCCGGCAUCGACGCCAACUCGCAGGGAUCCUGCUCAUCCUCUGACGUGAAGGCGCCGCCCGCCCAGAGCGCCAAGUGCAAGAAAAAGAAGAAGGAGGAGAAGGUAGCGUCCGCGCCUCCCCCUCCGCCGCCCAAGAAACAGCCUGACAAAGCGAAGCCCAAGUUAGAGUCAAAGCCAGAGAACACGAGCAAGCCGGACAAGAAACAAGAGAAGGAGAACGUGGCGCCCAGCUCUCCGCCCGCCACCCCCGCAGCCCCCGCAGCCCCUGCCACCCCCGUCGCGCCACCUAAGCCGCUCGCGCCCGAGCGACGGCCCAACGAGAAGAAAGAGAAAAAACCCGAGGAGGAUGCCAAGAGCAUGCCCCCAGUACACAAUGUUAGCAAAUACGGCACCAGCUCGCGUAAGAGCCAAGUGUUUGAGUCCAGUAGGCACAUUGAGGACUCGACUAUUGUACAAGACGCGACUGAUAAAAAUAAAAAGAUUUACAACGCCUAUCAAUGGGAGAGCGACACUAAAAGCACCUCGCCCAAAAGCGGUGCGGGCGGCGCCGGUGCGUCCAGACGCGAGGAGGGGUGGAAGGAAGUUGUACGCAAGUCUAGCGUGCAGACCAUCUCUACACUUGAACCUGGUUGCAAGAAGGUGUCGGUGGCGGCGCACGCCAUCUCGCGCGUGAUCGGGCGCGCGGGCAGCAACAUCAACGCGAUCCGCUCCGCCACCGGCGCGCACAUCGAGGUCGACAAGCAGGUCAAGGGCCAGGGCGAGCGCAUCAUCACCAUCAAGGGCGGGUCGGAGGCCACGAAGCAGGCGGCCAGUCUGAUCGCGGCCAUGAUCCGCGACCCCGAGGCGGACAUCGCGCAGCUGCUGCCGCGCACCAAGCUGCCGCCCGCGCAGCCGCCGCCGCAGCACACGCCCAAACCGAAGCAGCCCGCCGCCAAGACGAGCGUGGCCCCCGUGGCGGUGAGCGGCGGCGCGACGCCGAGCCGCGUGACGCCCCCGGCGCGCGCGCAGCCCAAGCAGCACGCCGCCGCGCGCCCGCCCGCGCCGCGCCUGCACGUUCACCCCAUAGUCCUGCCCGAGAAGCGAGUGGCGAGUGCGCCGAGCGCCGCCUCCCCGAGCGUGGCCACGUCGAGCGGCGUGCCCAAGAGUGCGGCGUCGCUGUCGUACACGGGCGCCAUCGUGGGCGGCGCGCGCGGACACACCUUCGCCGCCAAGCUCACCGCCACGCCGCCCAGCGACACCAAGCCGCGCCCUACGCCGCAGGUGGUGCCGAGCAGCGGCAGCGUGUCGGGCAGCGGCGCGUCCCCGCUGAAGGCGCGCGAGUCCCCGCCCGCGCACGCCAUGCACAAGAUGGAGGAGGAGCCGCGCGUGCCGCGGCCGCACCAAGACGUGCUGCAGCUAAGCCCAGACACCUCAAGCACGUGGAGUAAUGAAGACAUCCCAGUGAACACAUCUUCAGCUCUACACAUCAAUACUACACCACAGCAGGUGAACACGGGCGCAUGCUCGGGCGGCAACGCGAGCGCGGGCGGCGCGCAGGAGUACUCGCUGUUCCAGGACCUGUCCGUGGGCGCCGCCGCCGUGUGGGGCUCCGCCGACCACAGCGUGGACCCGCUGCCGCCACAGGUGGACGCGAGCAAGGCGCCGGGGUACCGCGGCGGCGGCGGCUGCUCGCCGUGCUCGCGCACCUCGUCGCACGGCUCCACGCCGCCGCCCCCGCCGCCGCCGCCCUACCACCACCCGAUGCCCAUUGGCAAUGCUGUCAACACAAUGGAUAUGAGUGGCUUGGCACGGAACGGACCCAUCUAUCAGGACAGCCCCAGAAAUGGACACAACAUGAUGCAGCAAGUCGGCAUGUCCGGCGGCGUGUCGGGCGUGUCGCUGGGGCUGGGCUACGUGGGCGUGGAGGGGGGCGUGUCGCGGCUGAACCCGCGCGCGCCAGACUUCGCGCAGCGCCACCCCAUGAUGCAGCAGCAGCAGCAGCAGCAGCAACAACAGCAGCAGCAGCAGCAGCACAAGCACGCCGCGCAGCAAAUGUUCGGAAGCAGCAACAGCGCCGCCAACCUCAGCUCGCUGCUGGUGUCGUACCAGCAGAGCGCGCCCAAGAUGCCGCCGCCACACAUGCCCUACCAGGGUAUGGAAUUGCAGUCGCUGCUGGAGCGCGGCGUGGGCAUGAACGUGAACUCCGUGAAUAUGAGCGGCGUGGGCGUGGGCGGCUGGGGCGAGGAGGAGGAGCGCAAGCCGCGGCCCAUCGGCACGGAGCGCGCGUGGAAGCUCACCGCGCCCGACGACUGGCACCACGCGCACCACCACCACCGCACCGACCACGACAGAUACCAGCAACAAGGCGUGCAGGGCAUGGGCGCGGAGAGCGCGUACGGCGUGGGCGGCGUGGGCGGCGCGGGCGGCAGCGCGGCCACGGCGGCGGCGCUGUCGAUGAUCCACACGCUGCCGCUGCACUACCUGCCGCCCGCCGAGCAGCACCACUGGGAGCAGCAGCACGCGCCGCACCACACCGCCGACAAACAGCAGGCCUGGAGCAAGUGGAGCCACUAGGGCGGCGCCGCCGCUCGAGCUAUCCCACGAGGAUUAUAUAUAAUUGUAACCCUUGGCAAAUGGUGUAGAUACUAGUGAGAAAGAUUAUAUUAUACAGAUUAUCUAUAUACAUAAUAGAGAAAUGUCCUAUCGAACACGAACACCGACUGGAGCCGAGCGCCGCCGCUCGUGGCGUUCGCAGCGCUCGCCGGAAUGUGAUUCCGGAGCCUAUGUUCUGUUGAUAUUUUACACUAUUAUAAUACCGCAUAAUACGAUAUCGAGUUCGUCGAGUGAAGCGAAGAAUAACGUGUAUUGAUGAAUCCGCUUGUAAAGAUUAAAUAUCAUAUAUUGAUGCACUGUAA